AUGUCUCACGCGCUCAGCUCAUCCAGAGUGUUAACCAAUGCCUCGGCGCUUCGCGCGAAAGGCUCCUCGAAGAAAGCCUCGAGAAAGAACGUCAUCGUUCGUGCUGCCAAAGAAGAAGCGGAGGCGCGCGUGGUGCCGUUGGAGAAGUACCGUAACAUCGGUAUCAUGGCGCACAUCGAUGCGGGUAAAACUACUUGCACCGAGCGUGUCCUUUACUAUACCGGUAAAUCUCACAAGAUUGGAGAAGUCCACGAAGGUGCGGCCACCAUGGAUUGGAUGGAACAAGAACAAGAGAGAGGUAUCACCAUCACCUCCGCCGCGACGACGUGCGCGUGGAAAGACUCCCGUAUCAACAUCAUUGACACUCCGGGUCACGUCGAUUUCACUUUGGAAGUCGAACGUGCCUUGAAAGUUUUAGAUGGUGCCAUCUGCCUCUUUGACUCUGUUGCCGGCGUUGAGCCGCAAUCAGAGACCGUUUGGAGACAAGCGGAUAAGUACGGCGUCCCGAGAAUUUGCUUCGUCAACAAGAUGGACAGAAUGGGUGCUAACUUUUUCAGAACUGUCGAUAUGAUCGUCAAGAACUUGGGCGCGAAACCGCUCGUUAUCCAAGUCCCGAUUGGUGCCGAAGAAGAAUUCGCCGGCGUUGUUGACUUAGUUGAAAACAAAGCCAUCGUUUGGAACGGGGAAGAACUCGGCGCCUCGUUCGAAUACCAAGAAAUUCCGGAUGACUUGAAAGAAAAGUGCGCGGAAAUGAGAGCUCAACUCAUCGAAACUGCGGUUGAACAAGACGAGGAUAUCAUGAUGAUGUACUUGGAAGGCGAAGAACCGAGCGUUGAAGACUUGAAAAAGUGCAUCCGUAAGGGUUGCAUCGCCUUGGACUUUGUCCCGGUUGCGUGCGGUUCUGCGUUCAAGAACAAGGGCGUGCAACCGCUGUUGGAUGCCGUUCUCGAUUACCUCCCGGCGCCGACUGACUUGCCUGACGUUAAUGGUUCCGCCGAAGGUGACGCUGAAAAAGUCAUGGCGAGAAAGCCGUCCGAUGACGAACCUUUCGCCGGUUUGGCCUUCAAGGUCAUGGCGGAUCCGUUUGUCGGCACUUUGACUUUCGUCAGAGUCUACUCAGGUGUUAUGGAAAGUGGAUCUUACGUCUACAACUCCGUCAAGGGCAAAAAAGAACGCAUUGGUCGUUUGAUGGAAAUGCACGCGAACGAAAGAAACGAUGUCAAAAUGUGCAGAGCUGGUGAUAUCAUCGCCGUUGCCGGUUUGAAAGAUACCACGACUGGCGACACUUUGUGCGACAACGACAAACCCAUCGUUUUGGAAAGAAUGGAAUUCCCUGAUCCAGUCAUCAAGGUUGCCAUCGAGCCGAAAUCCAAGGCGGAUUUGGAGAAGAUGUCUACUGGUUUGGUCAAGUUGGCCGCCGAAGAUCCUUCUUUCCAUUUUACUCGCGACGAAGAGACGAACCAAACCGUCAUCGAAGGUAUGGGCGAAUUGCAUUUGGAAAUCAUCGUCGACCGAUUAAAGAGAGAAUUCAAGGUUGAAGCUGACGUCGGUGCGCCGCAAGUCAACUAUAGAGAAUCCAUCUCCAAGCCGGCGAGCAUCAAAUACACGCACAAGAAGCAAUCUGGUGGUUCCGGUCAAUACGCCGACGUUCAAAUCAAGUUUGAACCGCUCGAACCGGGAACAGGCUUCGAGUUUGCGACUGACUUGAAGGGUGGUUCUGUCCCGAAAGAAUACAUUCCGGGUGUCGAGAAGGGCUUGAAGGAUUCCAUGAUGACGGGUGUCAUCGCUGGUUUCCCGGUUGUUGAUGUUCGUGCCACGUUGUUUGACGGCGGCUACCACGAUGUCGAUUCCUCCGUCAUGGCUUUUGAAAUCGCCGCCAAGGCUGCGUUCAGAGAAGGUAUCCCGAAGUGCGGGCCGAAGCUUCUCGAGCCGAUGAUGCAAGUCGAUGUUAUCUGCCCGGAAGAAUCUAUGGGUGAUGUUAUCGGGGACUUGAACAGUAGAAGAGGCCAAAUUGGUGAGCUCGGUGACAAGCCAGGUGGAUUGAAGACUGUCUUGUGCUUCGUGCCGUUGGCGGAAAUGUUCAACUACGUUUCCAAAUUAAGAGGUAUGACGAAGGGCAGAGCGAACUACUCCAUGAAGCUCGCGAGAUACGAACCGGUGCCGAUGAAUAUCCAACAAGAGCUCCAAAAGGCCAAGGCUGAUGCCAAAGCCGCCGCCUAA